AUGCUACUUUUUCAGGAUUGCCAGUUUACUAAAAUUAAAGACGAUACAACUCUUCAUGUUGUCUUCCAAGGAAAUAUCCUUCUGGGAGGUUGCAGUAACUGCUGCAAGCGAUGGUUCAUCACUUUCAACGGCACCGAGUGUGGCGGACCUCUGCCUAUUGAUGCCGUUCUGUGGAUCAGUAAUAGCAAUAACGAUGAUCAUAGACACGGAGCAAUAGAAAGCUACUGUGACAACAAAAGGGAAUAUCCGCGUUGGCAUCAACAUUGGAAACUGUCCCGGUUAUGGAAACUCCAAUGGUCGCACGGGGUGGAUGUCAGUGUCUCGUUUGAUUAUCGAAGAAGUUCCCGGUCCCAGCAGUAACGAAUCCAUCGUAUCUCAAUAACAUUCUCCAAAGUUGAGUGUUUGUAGAGUCAUGUUAGGCGUCAAAAAUGGAUACAAAUAUAUUUUAGGCAAAAAUUUAACCAACGUGCAACUGGUAGCCUCUGUUUGACUCUUUGUUUAAAAUAAUGAUCAUCAAACCGCAUGCCCAUUUUUUUUUUCUUUGCUAAGUGCAGCGAGUCUUUGCAGCAUACGAUGUCUGUUUUGCAGCAGCACGAUGCCCCUUCUGCCUGCGCACCUCGAAAUUUCGGCUCUGAGAUUACCCGAGAUCUAUUUGAGUGUCCCGAAUAUGUCCUUUGGGACCUGGGAUUUGCCGCCCUUUCUGCUUGCGCACCUUGUAAGUUCGGCCCUGGGCUAAACCAAGAUCUGCUUGAGGGUCCCAAAUAGGUCCUUUCGGUUUUCUAAAUAAAUGUUUAAAGUCACAACAACAACAACGGUCUAUAUAUAUUUGCAUGACCAUACAAACGCAUACAGUAUUGCAAAAGCUAUGUUUAGGAAUCAAAAUUACAACACAGGGCAAUUACGUUACUUUGAUAAUAAUUUGUCACGAACAUCAAAACAAGCUGAAAUAUAUUUUAUGAAUUGUAUAUUGAUAAGUGUAUCUGUCUAUUUCUAUCAUUAGUUUGUGAUUGCUUAUUCGUAGUUUUACUAAAGCCCUUCUCCCGGCUGUUCCUCUUGUUAAGUCUAAGUAACUAGAGAAGGUAUGAUCGGUUUUAAAACCCCGAACGCAGUCGUCCUACACCUUAUAUCUAAGUUUGGGUUUACGUAGUACACAGUUUACCGUCCGGUCAGAUGUCUCAGGUAGCCUGAACAAAAUGGUUAUGUGAGAAAAAAUUAUGCUGCCGACCCCGGCUAUACUACCCUCACGUUCCCUUCCCCCUCCUCGCUAGACAAGAUCGCGAUCGUCAUAUGAGUGAGACUGUCGGUUGAAUUUUUCAACGAUAAAGUACUGUCUCUUGGCUGGCCGAGAGUCAUGCUCAGGAAGGGGUGUUUUGAGUACUCUAGACCAUUUGAAUGGGGCCUAAUUAUGGGAUGAAUGAGGUAGGGAAAGAAAUUUGCUACAGCGUGCAAUCCUGAUAUAAAUGAAGGAUUCAAAAGACUCUUCUUUUUUCUUUUGGUGACAUUUUUUUAGCCAGUUACUUGUGUGUCUGUAUAUUAAUACUCACAACGCGCCCCGCAUGAUAUCGGUGAUUGCUCUACAUUUUACUGUACUCACUAUCUUUCAUCUCAUUGGCUAUUAAGAGCCUACAGUUAAUUUUGGAAAUGAGAGCAGCCUUCAGUUACAACAUACAGAUUACUAACUUAUCUUUAUCUGGUACCAGAUAACUGACCAAUCUCGUUUAUAGAGGCCGCCACCCUUUUGGUCUUCGGCGGGGAUUUGGGUAUGACAAAAGGGACCCCUGGGGAUCGGACGAGGUUGAUAACUGACUGAAACAGUCAUUUCGUCCACUUGUUCGUAUCAGAGCUUUACUGGGCCAGGUGGAGACAUUUGCACCUCACUGAGGAGAAAAGGUGCCUCAAUGACUAUGGCUUCAGCCUGCCUGUGAAAUGUUUUUGCGGAACCUUUUCCGUAUAAGGAAAAAUAUUUUGCUUUGUAGGAUCAUUCCAUUCUUGUCAUUCUCAAGAGGAUUAAAAAGGUAAAGUCAUCCAUGUUUCGAGAGUUGUUUGCCAUUCACACUCACCAGACACGAUUAAACGGUUGUUUCAUUUAAGCUCUUUCGUUGGCCUUCAUUUGCCUGAAACCAAGACCAAAAUGUUUGGAACAACCAGUGAUGUGGCUGUAAUGAAGUUGGUGUUGCUGUUUUGUCUCUUCUUUUACAUCCGAAGCGUCAGCACAGUCGCCCCAGCCAAGGGAGGGUUAAAAUACGAUAAAUUAUUACAUUUUAAGUAUGAUUAAGACAGCUAUAAGAUGGCUUUAAUUUAUGUCAUCACAGUGUUCCUUCUUAUUUCUCUAAAUAUUCUACACGACGCAUCGCCGACAACUGAAGCUUCCUGACAUAUUUGUUAAAAAAUGCUUGAUACGAUAAGAGGGCAACCACUUACACAUUCUUGGAAGAUUUCCACUUGAUUAUUAAUUAACGGGGAAGAUUUAUUUGUUUACUUAGGGCGUGGAUUUUGCGUAUGUGGUCUGAGUGGUGUCAUCGUUGACCUUCAGUAUCUUCGUCUUAUUUUUUCUUUUUAUUCAUUAUUAAUUAUUUUAUUUUUACCUAACUUAGGAAACAGUGAGCCUUUUUCCAUUUCGGAUUGUGACUCUUCUUCCGCAUCCUUUGAAGCAAGGUCAACCACUGACUUAAACUUACAAACUUUUAAUUUGUUUUCUUGGUUAUGGAUGGAUGCGACUUGUUUCCCCUAACUUUUUGAUCUAAAAACAACUUUUGCGACACUUUUUUUUCACUGGUUGCUGGGUAUUUUAUAUACAUUCCUAAGGGCCAUCCUGGAAAAGAAAACUACAUAAGACACAAGGAACAUCCAAACUAGCGGGAGUUGCGUGAUUUUGAUUCAAUACAUGCACGUUAAUCAUUUAUUUUAGAUUAGAUAACCACACGUUUUUUAGCACACCCUCAUAUGUCGGCAAUAUCUAGGCUAUGUUUUGCUUUCGUUUGGUCUUACAAAUUAUUUAUUUCAGAGAAUCCCAGUUUGUGUGCGCAAGGAGCAACUGGACUUCCCGGACGAAAUGGUUUGAAUGGACAUAAUGGAUGAGAUGGUGCAAAGGGUGAGAAAGGCCUGCCAGGUCCAUCGGGACCACGUGGUUUAAAAAGAGAAGCGGGUGAGAAGGGUGUGGCAGGGCCACCUGGACCACGUGCUGUUAAAGGAGAAGCGGGUGAGAAGGGUGUGGCAGGGCCACCUGGUCCACGUGGUGUUAAAGGAGAAGCGGGUGAGAAGGGUGUGGUAGGGCCUCCUGGGCCACGUGGUUUUAAAGGAGAAGCGGGUAAGAAAGGUGUGGUAGGUCCCCGUGGACCACGUGGUAUUAAAGGAGAAGCGGGACCAGUUGGAAAGGUCGCUGCUGAACAAAGAAACUGGAAACAGUGCGCGUGGAAAAAGCAAGAAAACAAAGAUAUUGGCCUUAUUAAGGUGAGGGUGCUAAUGUGGGCACCCAAUUCUCAGUUCACUACUAUUUUCUCGGCCAAAUAUCAGUCAACUACUAUUUUUUGGCCAAUUCUCAGUUAGCUACUAAGUUUGGUUGGCUAUUAACUUUCACUUUCCUACAGGGUAUAUUAUUUCGUCAUAAGCCGAAUUUUCUCUCUUUCAGCAAGUCUAUCACUUUUGGGGGUAGGCCCUAAUAAAAUCAAGGAAUAAGCUUACAUGAACUAACAAUUUAUUAGUAACUGAAAACAUAAGUCGUAUAACCAUCAAUAUGACACCUGCCUCAUAGAUCCAGACGCCCCAGUCAUGAUCUCGUACUGAUCUUCCCGACAUGGUCAUGCAUGUCCUGCUGUAAACUACUUCAAAUUCACCUUCCUCGGCACUUUCACUAUCUGAUUGGAAUCAGUCUUGUACUUAUAUGGUUGCUGUAUGUCCCGUAUCUUGUUGUUGGCCUAAGUUUCAAUCCAUUCGUUUAAUCCUUGCGAUCCAUUGCAACAGAAACAUUACUGAUCAAUGCCAAAAUAUAGUCUUAAAUAACAAAAAUGGACCAUUAUUUUUGGAAUUCGAUUGGUGAAUCCAAUGACUGUUUGCACCAAUGAAAGAGACAUAGUUGAGAGUGGUGACAAAGGCAUGAAAGUAUUUGACACGGGACAAUUCGACUUUAAUUUCGUGAGUGUAGCCCACUUCGAACUCGUAGUUCUUUUAAGCGAUUCCUUUACUGUGGUUCCAAGGUCUUGACGUAGUUCAAAGCACUAAAUGUUUUGUGCUGAAGUGAGAAACCGCAUGUAGGUUUUCCACCGGCGUUUGCAGAAGAUUUUUUACAUCGAUACAGAUUUUGUUGACAUCCUCUUCCGUAAUGUUACCUUCAAGUUCGCAGACGUACCUUAUUCGCGUAUUUCAAAAGCCUCAUAAAGGUAUCCAAGUGUUUUAAGAAAUGAAACCGCCGAAACUGUUUCGGUAAGACCGGUUUAAACACGAGCUUUUCUUUCUAUUAAAAGAGUCUCAAUAGUUAGAACUCCAACAUCAGUUACAAAAAUGAUUUCUCGUAAGUACAAAUUCUAUGUACUUGGAAUAAAGACUGCUGAUUUCUUUGAACCCUCAGAAAUUCUUUUUAGCCAGAACCAAGGCUAAGAGUCACAGCUUUUUUAUUUGGGUAAUGUUUAACUUGACGAUCUUUUGGGUCCGUGAAAACAGUAUUUUCGUUUUCAGAACACGGAAAUCUUGUUAAUAUCAGAAAACGAAUUAUUCGUUGAGUUGUGUAUAACCAGCUCUUUGACUUACGCUUUCUGUUUGUCACGAACUGCCCUGGUGACUGUGCCUUUUGCACAUAGUAAUACCAGUUAAUUUGCCACCUGGUCAUCAGCGGGACAGAAAAUUGUCAGAAAAUAGCAUUUCUGUUUGCAAACCUUUGUUGCUUUCAUUAACAUUAAUAUAAUAUCACUUAACUGUUAACUUUUCAUUUAUCAGUUAACUGCUAAUUUUUUGGCCAAUUAUCAGUUAACUACUAUUUUUUUGGCCAUAUAUCAGUUAACUGUUAACCCCAUUCGCACCCUCUGAGGUGAGUGCAUGGGAGAAAAAUUACAAAUUUCCUUUUUUAGAGUCGGUGUUACUGGACAAUAAAAAUUGAGGCGAGGGAGUCACAUUUGAUAGAUAAGGCCAUGACUCUUCAACCUAAGAGCCACUUAGAAGCACUUCUCAAAUGUUCCAGUCCUUAGUUUCCUUUCCUUGGUUAUUCUUAUUCUUUAACUCGAUUAAACAGAGUCUUUUUUUAAAUAAAACUUUCUUUAGUUAGUUCAUAAUGUUGCGUUUGACUCUUUUUUAACUAACCUUAACGCGAAAAUAAAGGGAAAUUCAAAGUUUACCCUUCAUAACUUCGAACGCAACCUCUUACAUCUAAUAUUAUUGGAAUUUCGGUUGUUCAUUCGGCAUUCGAUCACUAGUUGUGGGUUUCAGAUACCUAAAAUGACCUCAUUUGAUAGAAAAUCCCUUUUUGUAAUCCAUGAACUUUGCUAUAAGGAGCACACGGCUAACCGCGAGUUGUCCUAGCUAGUCUAGGUGGCGUGAACAAAAUGUUUAGUGAGAAAAAAUAGUUGCGCCUUUUGCUGAGACUAGACAACCCCACCUCGAGAAACCUGGGAUCAGGAAUUGUUUGCGGGGAGUGCAGAAGGAAGAAAGGGAGAAAGAACGCCUGAUCUCAGGUUACACCUGAGGUUGCCUCGUCUUGCCUUCUUCACAUACCCCAUCCCUCAAGCUCCCCGAUCCCUUCCCCCACUAGGCAAAAUUGCGAUUGUCAUAUAAACUGCAUUCGGCUGAAUUUUUUAACGAUGAAGUGAAUUCAGUUGGAUCUGAGGUAGGGGUUGCUCGGGUUUCCGAGACCAUAUAAAUGUGGCCUUAAAACAUCGCAGUGUUGAUAAGUAAGGAAAGAAUCGUAGAGCAAACGACUCAACAGGAUUCUCCUGUCACUUACUUUCAGGGUAAUUUUUCUGGGCAGUUAUAUGUGUGCCAAAAUAAAUAUACGCGUUUCUAUCGGUAUGAAGUAAGGAUAAACUACCAUGACGAGAAGUCAUUUGGCUAGCCGAGAGUUCGGUAGGGUUGUCUCGGGUUCUCGACCGAUAUAAAUGUGCCAUUAGAAAAUUUAAAAAUGAUGUGGUGUAUGAGCUAAGGAAAAAUCGUAGGGAAGAGGACUUAAGGUAAUCAUCAGUCAUUUACUUUAGGUGACAUUUUAUUGGGCGGUUAUAUGUGUGCCAAAAUAAAAAUACGCAUCGUUCUUUGCGAUAUAUCGGUGGCGUUAAGACCUUAAUUAUCUCUCUUAACAUAGUCACAAAAGUGCAACAGAACAGACGUUACGAUUUGAAUAAUAACGUGAAUCAUAUUUCACGGUGUUCUGCGUGGGAGUGGUCGCUAACAAUAUAUGUUGCUGUGUUUUCAGGAUUGCCAGUUUACUAAAAUUAAAGACAAUGCAACUCUUCAUGUUGUAUUCCAAGGAAAUAUCUAUCUGGGAGGGUGCGAUAGCUGCUGCAAGCGAUGGUUCAUCACUUUCAACGACGCCGAGUGCAGCGGUCCUCUGCCUAUUGACGCUGCUCUGUGGAUCCCCAAUGGUAACACGAAUGACCACAGACACGGAGCAAUAGAGGGCUACUGUGACAACAUCAGAAAAGGGAAUAUCCGUGUUGGCAUAAACAUUGGAAACUGUCCUAAUUAUGGAAACUCCAAUGGUAACACGGGAUGGAUGUCGGUGUCUCGUUUGAUUAUCGAAGAAGUUCCUCGGUCCCAGCAGUAA